AUGCGCAAUCCCGCCUCGUCGAACCGGUCGUGGAAAACGCGCGUUAUCCCCGCCGCCUCGAAGCGCAAUGCCAGCACGAACAACGAUGCGCUGAGUCGCGAGGAAACACGGCAUUCGAGACGCUCCACCGCGUCCAAGAAGCAGAAUGCAUGGUGGAAAACACGCCUGUUUAGCGGCAUGAUCAACGACAUACGGAGACGAGCGCCGUUCUACUGGAGCGACUGGAAAGAUGCAUGGGAUUACCGCGUCGUGCCUGCGACCGUGUACAUGUACUUUGCAAACAUACUCCCCGCGCUGGCCUUCUCGCUCGACAUGUUCGCCAAAACAGACCAGAGCUUCGGCGUCAACGAAGUACUGCUAGCUUCUGUGCUGGCGUCUGUGGUGUUUUCGCUUGCGGCCGCCCAGCCCCUGGUUAUUGUUGGCGUAACGGGUCCGAUUACCGUCUUCAAUUAUACCGUGUACGAUAUCAUUACGCCGCGGGGCACGAAUUACUUUGCCUUUAUGUGCUGGAUUGGGAUAUGGUCGUUGGUAUUCCACUGGAUUCUCGCCAUUACCAAUUCUUGCAAUGGGCUAAGAUAUGUUACGCGCUUUUCCUGCGACAUCUUCGGCUUCUACGUCGCUUUUAUAUACCUGCAAAAGGGCAUUCAGGUGCUUACUCGGCAGUGGGAGGUGAACGAAGCGUCGGCGUACCUCUCUAUUAUGAUUGCAUUGCUGGUCACAGUGGUCGCAUACAUCUGCGGCAUAAUCGGGCACUCCUCGCUUUUCCCGCGCCACGUUCGCAAGUUCAUCGAGGACUACGGUACGCCUUUGACCGUCAUCUUCUUCACCGGCUUUGUUCAUAUCGGAAAGAUGGCUGGUGUUGAGCUUUUGAAGCUUCCAACCUCCAAGGCCUUCUUCCCUACCACGGACCGAGGCUGGUUCAUCCACUUCUGGGAUAUCAGCGUUGGUGAUGUGUUCCUCGCUAUCCCAUUCGCAGUCCUGCUCACCAUCCUCUUUUGGUUUGAUCAUAACGUGUCCAGCCUCAUCGCCCAAGGCACGGAGUUCCCACUUAAAAAACCAGCAGGCUUCCACUGGGAUAUUUUCCUCCUUGGUCUGACGACAGGUGUCGCUGGACUCCUCGGCAUUCCUUUCCCAAACGGCUUAAUCCCCCAGGCACCCUUCCACACCACCUCGCUCUGCGUAACACGCACCAUAGCUGAUUCUGACGACGAAGCAAACAAGGGACAUGCCAAGCGCGUCGUCGACCACGUCGUCGAGCAGCGUGUUUCGAACCUAGCACAAGGCCUACUCACGUUAGGAACCAUGACUGGCCCUCUCCUCAUCGUCCUUCAUCUCAUUCCCCAAGCAGUGCUCGCAGGCUUGUUCUUCGUAAUGGGCAUCCAAGCGCUCGAAGCCAACGGCAUCACCCUCAAGCUCGUCUUCCUGGCAAAGGACAAACACCUCACUCCACGUAGCGAUCCACUCACGCGCAUCGAGCGCCGCUGGGUGGUAUGGGCGUUUGUAGGCUUGGAACUCGUCGGCUUCGGCGCUACCUUUGCCAUUACGCAGACCAUCGCAGCCAUCGGUUUCCCCGUCUUCAUCUUCCUGUAUAUUCCCAUGCGCACAUGGCUUAUGCCUCGCUUCUUUAUGCCGGAGGAGCUGGGCAUCUUGGACGCGCCGACUGCGAGUCCGUUCACCAUGGAAAGCGUUGGCGGGAAUCAUGGGGAGGCGGAGCGUGGCGAGAGGCGCAGUGAAGAUGUAGUUGACGAGGGAAGGCGCAAUGCUGCGGGCGCGAGUAGGAGACGGAGUAGCUUUAGGACGCCGGAGGGCGUGGAGUUGGAUAAUAUUUCCAAAGCUUAG